UAAUCACCACUCUUCAAUUGAUACGAUUUUGAAAGCGAAAAUAUAAAUAAAUACGAAACUACAUUGAUAACCCGUUAGUGAUGACCCAGUGGAGUGCUAACUAAAUUCAUUACUAACCAAAAAGACUAUCAUCUUCUACCAGGAAAAAGGGGUAAGUUGCAAACAAGAUUACUCAAGUAGAAAAAAUUAAUCUGUAAUAAUCCACCCCAGUGGGGGUUGGAUGAUAACAACUUUGAAGAACUAGUGGGUACCACCACCACGUGCUCAUCCCCUCUUAAAUCAAAAACUAACUUUUAAAUGCGUAUUUAAGGGGUGGGUGAAAAGUAAUUUUCUCAUUUUGGACGUUGGUGCUGUGUGAAUUUUUGUGUGCGAAAUUAUGGAAAGUCAAAUGGUGGACGGACGCGAUUAUGUGUACAAUGGUAAAAAAUAAUGGAAAUUUCGGAGUGGCACUUUUCGAAAAUGCAAAAUUUUCUAGAUUUUUAUCCGAUUGAGAAGUCCAAGACCCAAUUGGCUAAUAAAGAACUGUGGGACCAAUUUCAUGACUUGCAGACGGAGAUGAUUAUCACCAAAAGUGGGAGACGAAUGUUCCCAGCUCUAAACAUCAAAAUCUCCGACUUGGACCCUUCAGCCGACUAUUGCUUGUUUCUGGAGAUGACUUUAGCCCACCACUGCCGUUUCAAGUUCUCCUCUUCCGUGGGCUGGUCACCUGCAGGCCACGAGGAGGCUCAGAGCCCCCAUAGGAUUUACAUGCAUCCGGAGUCGCCCUCCAAAGGCGCCCAUUGGAUGAACCAAGACAUCUCUUUCUCUCGAGUCAAACUCACAAAUACCUGUUCGCCCCCUCAGGGCCAGAUGGUUUUAUCAUCGAUGCAUAAAUACCAACCCAGGAUUUUGAUCGUCAAGGCUUCUUCAGCCCAGGCUUUGGGGUGGGCCCCCACGAAUGUCUUCACGUUUCCUGAAACACAGUUUAUUGCAGUUACGGCAUAUCAGAAUGAGAAAAUCACAAAAUUGAAAAUCAACUACAACCCUUUUGCUAAGGGUUUUCGCGAAAAUGGAAAAUCUAGUUCAAAGAGGAAACAAUUAAUUUCGGAGCAUCCGGAUUCCCCCAAUAGUAAGAAAAGUGCGUCACCUUCACCUCCUCCACAACCGGAAAUGAAUGAUCGCAAGGAUAAUCUCACCUGUCAAUCUGCGGCGCCCUGCAUACCCUUUUAUAGGUAUUGUUACCGCCCUUAUCCUGUUUAUAACCAAUGGUGGAGUGGUCCAUUGCCAUUGUAUUACCAUCAAUAUCCUUUCGGACUUCCUGAAUAUGAAUAUUCCAUCUAUCAAGAAGUCAAAAAACCCAGAAAAAUCACCGAUUUUUCUAUUAGUGCCAUUAUGAAAGAUUGUAAAUAGUUUGUAGGUUACGUAUUUUUAAAGCCUGUGAUAUUAAAUUUAAGUUACAAAAUAAAUUUAAAAAUAUUCUAUCUAAAUGUUUUUCUUCCAUUCAUUUUCUUGUGUUUAUUAUUUUAUGAUUUAUUGAUUUCAUAGAGUUUCUAUUUUUAUAAGUGCAAUAAAUAA